AUAGGUGCCAAGCGCAGGCAGCAGAGACAGCAGUGAAUGGCAAGGGGGCGGUCCGAUUCCUGCUGCCACCUCCUAGGAAGGAGCUCUAAGGAGGCCCUGUGCUUCCCCUACCGCGCCUGGCCUCGCAGCCUCCUCCCUGCACCAGUGCCCAGAGCUGCAGAGUGGCCCCCUGUCCUGGGACCUGCACCGGGCCCUCCAGGGACUGGGAGAGACUUCAGGGACCAUGGUUGGACUAAAGCCUUCGGAGAUGCCUCCCACAACAGCCGUGAAAUUCCUAGGGGCGGGCUCGGCUGCCUGUUUCGCUGAUCUCCUCACCUAUCCACUGGACACGGCCAAGGUCCGCCUGCAGAUCCAGGGGGAGAACCAGGCAGCACAGAUGGCCCGGAACAUCCAGUACCGCGGCGUGCUGGGCACCAUCCUGACCAUGGUGCGCACCGAGGGUCCCCGCAGCCUCUACAACGGGCUGGUCGCCGGGCUGCAGCGCCAGAUGAGCUUCGCCUCCAUCCGCAUCGGCCUCUAUGACUCUGUCAAGCAGUUCUACACCCCUAAAGGAACAGACAACUCUGGCAUCACCACCCGGAUUUUGGCGGGCUGCACCACAGGGGCCAUGGCAGUAACUUGUGCCCAGCCCACGGAUGUAGUGAAGGUCCGAUUUCAAGCCACCGUACACCUUGGCCCCGGGAGCAACCGGAAGUACGGCGGGACAAUGGAUGCCUACAGGACCAUCGCCAGGGAGGAAGGGGUCAGGGGCCUGUGGAAAGGAACUUUGCCCAACAUCAUGAGGAAUGCCAUUGUCAACUGUGCUGAGAUGGUGACCUACGACAUCAUCAAGGAGAAGCUGCUACACUACCAUCUGUUCACUGACAACUUCCCCUGCCACUUCGUCUCUGCCUUUGGAGCCGGUUUAUGUGCCACAGUGGUGGCCUCCCCAGUGGACGUGGUGAAGACCCGGUAUAUCAACUCGCUCCCAGGCCAGUACCGCAGCCCCCUGGACUGUAUGCUGAAGAUGGUGGCCCGGGAGGGCCCCACAGCCCUCUAUAAGGGAUUCACACCCUCCUUUCUGCGACUGGGAGCCUGGAAUGUGAUAAUGUUUGUAACCUACGAGCAGCUGAAACGGGCCUUGAUGAACGUCCAGAUGCUCCGGGAAUCUCCGUUUUGAAUAGGACAGGCCACUUGGACAGAACUGGAACAAAACUAGUCAAGGAUGGAAUAAAUCAGCAGAUCUGCACACACAGAGACAGACCCACACACGUUUACACUCCUUCUUGCUGCUGACUCCAGAAUCAGGAGGAGAGGAGGGAGGAGUCUUGUCUUCAGUGCGUUGGCUUAAGAACAUUUUUUGUUUUGCACUGACACGAUGGAAAAUAAAUUAUAUUAAUUUUUGAAACUUAUUAGGUUGGAUGCCUAACAUUUAGGCUAGAGAGAACAAACCAAAACAGACCCAUUUGGAUAAAAUGGAAGUUUGUAAGCUGAAAAAUCUAAUCAGAAGGUGAAAGGUGAGACUGCAAGCAUUGGACGGGAGUGGCUCACGGUGACCUGGCAGCCGGCUACAGAGUGGAGAGGGACCCUGCCAGGCAGCACGAAGCUUGUGAGUGCAGCCUGCAAUUAGAAGGACCGCCAGCCGUGUGUGCAAUGUGUCUGCUGUGCAGAGCCCACUGGGAUCCUAGGAAAUGUGAGAAAAAGAGAAAACUCGGAACCUGUGCCAAAGGAGCACUGCUGGGCCAACGUGAGGCUGCAACUCAUGAGGCUGUGACUCAUCCCUGAUGACACUGAGAAUCCAGAAGACUGCCUCGGUCUCCUUUCCUGUAAAAUGGGAGUAAAAAUCCCAUUCCUGCUACUUCACCAGGGUAGUGUGAUGAUCAAGUGGGGAGCUGGAAACACUUUAUAAAGGCAAGAAUUCUGUACAAAUGUAAAUAUAAGGACUAGGCCUUGGGAAAGGUGUUGUCGGACAGUGAAGAAGUGCCAGGGAGGUUUCUGAAAGAGGGCUGACCAGAGGUGUGGCCAAAGGAACCAGGAACUCGAGGACAGAGCAUGCCAGGCGGCCAGAGGACGCCCCCUCCCAUGCAGCCCCGACUCCCUGGCUGGACUGGGAGUCACCUUGAAGAGUGUGGAGGUUGGAGAAAGAGAGUUAAAUGGCAGGACUGACAGUCAAAAGUAGCAGGACUCAGAAUUUUUGGAAAAUUAUUAUGACUUAAUAAAGGAAUUCACACCUUGGGUAUUCAAAUGAAAACAGCCUCUUUUCUGCCUUCUCUUUCUUGGACAGAAUUUCCCUUUCUCACUUCAGGCUUCCUGUUUGCAAGGGCUGAGCCAGAUUUGGCCCCACACACCCACACAGCCCACCCCACCCCACCUCUCUCCCGGCCUCAGCACCAGGGGGGAUGUUCGGCAAGUCACCCUUCCUACCCCGCACUGACUCCUCUGCACCCCGGGGAAAAGUGAAUAUCCACUUUCACUCAGCACUUUCCUAAGUUUAAAUUAUAAUUUCACAUCAUCUACAUAUACAAACUGGAAAGUACAAACAAAAGCAAGAAACAAAAAUUACCGAUUUAGUGUCUGCUUUGGCUUUCAAAUAAAAUUCAUAUUUAAAAAUU